AGGAGGAGGGAGAGGGGGAGGGAGAAGAAAAAGAAAGGGAAAAGGAGGCAGAAGAAGACGCGCCAGAGCAGUAGGAAUAAAAGGAGGAAGGCGAAAGGGAAGAGUAGGAGGAGGAGGAACAAGGGAGGAGGAAGAACAGGAGGUGGAGGAGAAGGAGGAGGAGGCACUGGCACUCGGCGUCCCCCAUCCUCCUGCCUGGUGUCCGGAGGGGUCUGUAGCGGCGGCGAAGGAAGGGAGGAAGAUGCCCUCCGGAGGUGCCUGGGCGGGUCCGGGCUGCGUGGUCCUCCCCGGGCCGGGAUCCCGCGGGGGCGCGUGGGCGAGGGAGCCCCUGUAGCGGCGUCGCGCGAGAGCCCUCCCUGGGCGGGUGGAGGAGCCCAUGCCCGCCCUGCUCCCGCGCCGCCGGCUCCCUCCGCCAUGGGCGGCCCCCGGUGCUGGCCCCCGGUGCUGGUCCUGCUCGGCUGCUCCGCCCUGGCUGCUGCUGCUGCCGCUCCUGCUGCUCCUGCUGCAGGACUGAGCAGUAUCAUUGGAGCUGGGUCAUACUGUGAGAAAGCAUGCAAUCCUCGAAUGGGAAACCUAGGAUAUGGACGUAAAUUGUGGACAGAUACAAGCUGUGGAAGCAACUCCACAGAACAUUACUGUUCCUACAGUGAGGAUGCAGACCUCAUAUGUAGGUGGCUUAAGUGUAGCAAAUGCAACUCAAUGCAUGCCCAUCUGGCUCACCCGCCUUCUGCCAUGGUUGACUCUUCUUUCAAGUUGCCCUAUACAUGGUGGCAAUCAGCACCAGGGCUGCACAGGGAGAAAAUCCAACUGAACCUGGAAACCGAAUUUUAUUUCACCCAUUUAAUCAUGGUGUUUAAGUCACCAAGACCAGCAGCCAUGGUUUUGGAACGAUCUCAGGAUUUUGGAAAAACAUGGAAGCCUUACAAAUAUUUUUCCACUAACUGCUCAGCAACCUUUGGGCUUGACGAUGAUGUAACCAAGAAAGGGGCAAUUUGUACUUCAAGAUACUCUAGUCACUUCCCUUGCACUGGAGGAGAGGUUAUAUAUCGGGCCCUAUCACCGCCGUAUGCUGCUGAGGACCCCUACAGCCCCGAAGCUCAGGCCCAGUUGAAGAUCACUAACCUUCGAGUGCAACUGCUUAAGCAACAGUCCUGUCCCUGCCACAGCAAUGACUUGAAUGCAAAACCUCCACAGCUGAACUACUACGCAAUCUAUGAUUUUAUUGUAAAGGGGAGCUGUUUCUGUAAUGGCCAUGCAGACCACUGUGUGCCCAUCAAAGGAUUCAGGCCCAUUAAAGCAGCAGGGGUCUUCCAUGCGGUCCAUGGAAGGUGCAUGUGCAAACACAACACUGCAGGGACCCACUGUCAGCACUGCGCUCCUCUCUACAAUGACCAGCCUUGGCAAGCUGCAAAUGGCAAGACAGGAGCCCCAAAUGAAUGCAGAUCCUGUAAGUGCAAUGGGCAUUCUGACACUUGCCACUUUGACAUGGACACCUGGCUGGCAUCAGGAAACCAUAGCGGUGGAGUCUGUGAUAAUUGUCAACACAAUACCGAAGGACAACAUUGUCAGCGUUGCAAACCAGGCUACUACCGAGACCUCCGAAGACCAUUUUCUGCUCCAGAUGCCUGUAAAUUGUGCUCCUGUCACCCGAUUGGAUCCGCUGUGCUUCCCUUUAGCAAUAGCACCUUCUGUGAUCCCAGUAAUGGUGAUUGUCCUUGCAAACCUGGAGUGGCUGGUCCUCAAUGCGAUAGAUGCAUGGUAGGAUACUGGGGUUUCGGAGACUAUGGCUGCCAACCAUGUGAUUGUGCAGGAAGCUGUGACUCAUUGAAUGGUGACUGCAUCAGUAGCAGUGCAGCCAUAGACUGGCACCAUGAAAUCCCUGGUUUCCAUUCUACAAAUAACAAGAGUGAACCUACAUGGGGAUGGGAGGAUGAACAAGGAUAUUCUGCUCUUCGGCAUUCAGGAAAAUGUGAAUGCAAAGAACAGAUUUUACGAAAUUCCAAGAUCUUUUGUAACAUGAAAUAUACAUAUGUGUUGAAAGCAAAGAUUUUGUCAGCUCACGAUAAAGGCUCCCAUGCCGAGGUCAAUGUGAAGAUCCAGAAAGUACUGAAAUCUACAAAACUCAAGAUUUUCCGAGGAAAGCGGAUUCUUUAUCCAGAAUCAUGGACAAAUAGAGGCUGCACUUGCCCAAUACUUAAUCCUGGUCUGAAAUACCUUGUGGCUGGAUAUGAAGAUGUUCAAGCGGGAAGACUGAUAGUCAAUAUGAAAAGUUUUGUCCAGCAAUGGAAACCAGCUUUGGGGAAAAAAAUAUUGGAUAUUUUAAAAGACUGUAGCUGAGAGUGCCGAAUAAGGCAUUUGUCUAUACACGAAAUGCAAACAUGGAGAAAAUAAGCUCUCUUAAAUGAAAACUGGAAUGUAAGGAAAUAGUGCCAAAUGUGUGUAAAGAGGUACUCCAAUUUCCUAGCCUUUCACCCUGAUUAUAAACACAGUAACCACUAUUGCAUCAUUUAUGAAAAAAGAAGAAUGAAGCCUCUCCACCAGCCCUGCUUGAAUGUAAAGAGGUGUGUAAAAGGUAUACCAAUCCCAAAAAACAGUGAACACAUCCAUCCAUAGCUGCACUCUUAGAUCUUUUUCAAUUCUAACAAUUUGGAGGAAGAGCAAGACUGUAAACAGAGCUACUCACAUGCAUCUAAUCUCUUUGAAUUGGACUGAUCUGCUUGAAAGUAAAUGACUUCAAUACAACAGAACACUUUUUACAAUCACCACUUUUACAUUAUAUCUCCAUAGUCAAUGUGGAUUUGGUAUCUGGCUUUAUCGGUGCUUUCAUGGUUCACACUGAAGUUUGUGGAACAUCAUAAAGUUAUUUGAAAGUUUGAAGUUUGUUUUCAUGUUCUGCUUUAGAAGAAUGAAUACAUGCUUAAGUGACAGACAAAACAACGAUUAUGUACUGUAUCUGUUUAAAUCAGUGUUUCACAACCUUCCUGAUGCCUCAGCCCCUUGAUACAGUUCUUCAUGUUGUGGUGAACCCCAACCAUAAAAUUAUUUUCAUUGCUACUUCAAAACUGUAAUUUUGCUACUGUUAUGAAUCGCAAUGUAAAUACCUGAUAUGCAAGAUGCAUUUUCAUUCACUGGACCAAAUUUGGCACAAAUACCCAAUACGUCCAAAUUUGAAUAUAGGUGAGGUUGUGUGGGGGAUUGUUUUUUUUUUCAUUUGGGAGUUGUAGUUUUUGGGAUUUAUAGUUGGGAUUUAUAGUAUUCUGAGCUCCACCAAUGAUGGAAUUGAACCAAACUUGGCAUACAGAAUUCCCAUGACCAACAGAAAAUAUUGGAAGGGUUUGGUGGAAUUGACCUUGAGUUUUGGAGUUGUAAUUCACCUACAUCCAGAAAGUACUGUGGACUCAAACAAUGAUGGAUCUGGACCAAACAUGGCACAGAUACUCAAUAUGGCCAAAUGUGAACACUGGUGGAGUUUGGAGAAAAUAGACCUUGACAUUUGGAAGUUGUAGUUGCUGGGAUUUAUAGUUCACCUACAAUCAAAGAGCAUUUUGAACCCCACCAACGAUAGAAUUGAGCCAGACUUACCACACAGAACCACCAUGACCAACAGAAAAUACUAUGUUUUCUGAUGGUCUUUAGUGACCCCUUGACACCCCCUUGCGACCCCCCCCCCCAGGUCCUGACCUCCAAGUUGAGAAACGCUGGUUUAAAUCUUAAGAACCAGUCAAUGAAAUCUAUUGAAAUGCUUUUCUUUCACAGUUCUGUAUAAAAACAAAUAGGAAUAUGUUGACUAGGUAUCCCCUGAAAUUUUUGAAGACUAUACAUGUAUGGAAAUGUCACACAUCUGUAGGAAAGCCCCACUGGAUGGUACACAAAUUCAGACUACAUCCAUUCCCAUUAAAAUGAACUCAAUAACAUAAUGAGCAACUGAAUUCAGGGGAAGUCAAGUAUCAAUAACUUAAAAUGGAGCCAACCAAUAAGGCUGGUAAUUCCAGCAUGCCUUUAUCCAACAGAUUUUUGUGGAACAUUAUUUAAAAGCAAUUCAAGGGAUGGUCAUUUGUAACACCUAGAACAUACCAGAGUCACAUUUUGUAGCCUUUGAAACCAAUAGUCAAGUUAGACUUUUGGGGGCUAUCAGAAAUGAAGAGAAUUUAUACUUUUCUGGAUUUUUUAAAAAGGCUGGUUCCAUUAUAUGUAGCUAAAAGUAUAAAUGGCAAUGUCUCCAUUAUGGGGCAUUACAUGCAUUUAAGUAUUUAAUUACAUAAAGCACUUUAUUGUCUGCCCCUUACCAGCCUGAAUUUUUUAAUGUUCAGAAACAGAUUACAGCACAAGACAAAGUAUUCUGAAACAGAAGCACUCCAAAACUGUUAGGACAAAACUAGUAGUGUACUUCAUACCUCGCAAUUGCAGCUCAAAAAAAAUCUAGGGAUACAUUUUGAAAAACUAAUGUAUUUACAUUGAAGCCCCAAAUUCUGACUAAUAACUUGAUUCUAUGGAUAUCAAGUAUGAUUAGGCUAUUGUUGUUUAUUUGUUCAGUCACUUCAUGACCUCAUGAUUAGACUAUAUAUUAUUACAAAGAGAAAUCUUUUAACAAGAAUAAUAAAACAUCUGCUUAUUGCAAUGCGAUAGACUUCAAAAGUCAUGAUGGUCUUGGCCUUUGUUUAUAGUAUCUAAUUUUGGAGAAUAAGUUCAAGUUUUCUUAUAUAUACAAUCAAUACAAUCUGGAGUCUCUACCUGGUUCUGCCCAUAAUUUACCAAGAAUGAAUUCACUUCCAUUAUUAGAUUAUAAAGAUCUCUGGUAACAGAUCUUUCAACCAGCACCAAAAUGGUUCUACAUGCCUACAUAAAUACACAUAAACUAAAACACUUAUCCACAUAUGUAUGUUUGUGCAUGAAAGGUAAAAGAAGAGUUAAAAUGCCAUUUAAAAACAAAACACCACACUGGGUCAUGUCUAUAUUUUCUAUUGUGGUCCUGUGGAUUCACAUAAAUGAUGCUGUUUUGAAAUUUUGCUUUUGUAUCUAAUGUAUAUAAUAAAUAUAUGAUUUCAAGAAA